AUGGAGCCAUCACAGAGUAAGCCAAAAAUCCUAUUUCUAUGGUCCCCAUUGGCACUGGCUUUGUUGAACCCUCAUAAACUUCCUGUUCGUGCGGCCUAUCCUCGUGGGGCUUCGAGAAGACAGGAUCCUCGCCAUUUUUUGCCCUUCUUGAGGGCAUUCAAGUACCUCUGCUUCAACCUAUUGACCUUUCUCCUCAGCUGCUCCUUCGAGGACUCGAAGAAGACUGUUGAGGCGGCAAAAUCCCCCGGCGGAUGCAUUACCAGACUCUGGAGCGACGAGGACGAGAUAACCCUGCUGAAAGGGCUAAUCGCCUUCAGGGGCCUCCCGAACUUCAGAUUCCCCUUA